AUGGACGAGAACCUGAGCCGGGGAUACGUCCAGUUGGGCAAGGCCAGAGGCGUAAACGACUUCAAUUUCUCCAAGGGAUUCAAGCACCUCUCGCCGCCCGUUGACAACUACAACUGCAUCUACCUUGCCUUGAUGCUCGGCGGCGUAGGCUUCCUUCUGCCCUACAACAGCUUUAUCAUAGCGGUGGAUUAUUUUCAAGAGAGAUACCCGGAGACUACUGUGGUAUUCGACAUGUCUGUCGUUUACAUCAGUGUAGCUUUCAUCGCGGUCUUUGCGAACAAUAUCCUGGUAGAGACCUUUUCGUUGAAUACACGAAUCACAUUUGGAUAUCUUGUAUCUUUCGUGACUCUGAACUUCGUGGUGAUCUGCGAGAUUUGGUGGGAGCUCUUUGGCAUUGCGACUUCUUAUAAAAUGAAUCUGGCUGCUGUUGCGAUAGUGUCGCUCGGUUGUACAGUUCAGCAAUCGAGCUUUUACGGGUACACAUCUAUGCUUCCUAGUCGAUACACUCAGGCUGUGAUGACUGGAGAGAGUAUUGCCGGCUUCUGGGUGUCGAUUAGUCGUGUAAUAACAAAGUCGCUGUUCAACGAUGAGCGUUGUAAUACGUCCAUGUUCUUCAUUUCGUCGAACAUAACGAUUCUGUUUUGCUUCGUGCUACAUCAAGUAGCGCGGAAGAGCGAUUUCGUGCAAUUCUACAUAACGCUAUGUCAGGAGAAAAAUCGGAUCACGUUGGAACCAACGGAGGACGUUGGUCUGAUGGAUCCAAUGGACCAAGUCGGCGACCCCUCGAAGGGUCAGUACGGAGUGCUAAAAAUUCAAACUAGUCCAAUGGGACCAGAAUCCGCGAGCGGAAGCACUGAUGUAACUGCAUCCGGACAAUAUUCUGCGUUCUCCUUCAGCAAUCCGGUGUACGAGCCUAGUGCCCCGUCGGGCAAUCCUCCUGGCAGUGCUGGGCCGACUUACAAAGUUGAAGAUGUGGUAGUUAUGCGAGGAGCCUGCGGAACGCAAAGCACAGGCAAACGAUGGUCUGGUAUAAAAAGAGGCCUGGUCGCAAGACUCGAAGUCAUCAAAUUGAUUUUUCCGUACAUGAUCAGUAUCGGUCUUGCCUAUUCCGUGACACUCUCUCUGUAUCCAGGAAUCGUGUCGGAAAUAAUAUCUUGCAAACUCAAGUCGUGGAUGCCGAUUAUUCUGAUGACCACUUUCAACGCCUCCGAUUUGCUUGGCAAGAUGUUCACUUUGAUACAUUACACAUGGAAACGUACGCAAGUGCUGUGGAUUUCUGCUGCGCGUGCCAUACUCAUUCCUCUGUUCCUAUUCUGCGCGAUUCCACGUGACGCUCCUAUCCUUUCUGGAGAGAUACAUCCAAUCUUAUUGUCUUGGGCACUUGGCCUCACCAACGGUUUAGUCGGUUCCAUACCUAUGAUUCAAGCACCCAGCAAGGUGCCGGAAGAAUAUCGCGAACUCGCAGGUAACAUCAUGACCCUGUCGUACACCGGCGGCUUGACUAUCGGAUCCACAUUCGCUUAUCUGAUGGACGCCUGCCUCGGGCCACCGCUACAAGCCAAGGACAUAUGCCCGAAAUUGGUGAAUGCUCCGACCACGAUGACCGCGAUCGGCAAUGCGACCGUGAGUGUCCUGAUGACCGCGAUAUCCUCCACUUUGCCCAUUGAGAGGACCACGGUGAUACCGAAGCUGAAGACCACCGCUGGUGUGUUUACUACGGUUCUGACGUCGACGUUGCUGACAAACACCACAGUGAGCCUGUUGACCACAGGUGGAUCAUUGGAGGCGUCGACGACGGCUUUGCCCAAGAUCUUGGCUAACGCUACUGUCUCAGCGAGCGACACGAUCUUGCAACAUUAAAAUGCGCAUGUUGCGCGUAAUGUUGAAUCCGGUACUGAUAUAUGAAUGAGAGAGAGAGAGAGAGAGAGAGAGAGAGAGAGAGAGAGAAAGGGAGAGAGAAAGGGAGAGUAUGCAUGUGCGAGUGAAUAUGAGUGUACAUGAGAGUGUGCGCACGCGUGCGUAUGUGUGUAUAUAUGUGUCAAAGAAGGUGAGCUUAAAGUUGAAAAAGAUUUGUUGCAAGGCAUCGUGAGACAUUUUAAAUUAGUGGAUCUUUUAUUGUGAAGUGGUGCAAAUAGAACGGCCGAUUUUUCGUUUUAACACUUUUACUAGCAUUAAUCGUAGAACACCAUUUAACAACAUUGAUUGGCAUCAACGCGUACUGUGCAUCAGUUGCGUUCGAUGUAACUUCGGAGCUUAUUCCUUGUGCGAUUAUCCACUGUUAGAAACGAAAAAUAUUGCAUAAAAAGAUCGAGUAAAGAGUAAGCCUUGCGAGAUGUUGUAUAACGCGAGUCACACGGAUAGAAGUAGGAUAGGAGUAUUUAAUUUCACAUUUAAGACUCUGAUCCCACUGCUGCAGAAUUCCUGCUUUGAUAAUGUCAGAAACGCGUGCCAACAAUUCUUAUGUGUUAUUUUCAAAUAAAAACAUAUAUGCAUGAAAAAACACUUUAGAUCGUUCAAAUAUACUUGUAAAAUGCCCUGAAAAUUUAAUCUUUUUCCUUUGAGUCAAUAAAUACUCUUAAAAAUAACAGAAUAAUGAGAAUAACAGAAAAAUAAGCAGAAUCAUAAGAAAAGGUAGAUUAAAGAGAACAAAGUCGCUUGUCAUGUAAGUUUUAAGGCUAUUUAUUAACUGUCAAGAAAAAAGAUAGUAUUCAGAUUAUUUUACAAAUAUGCUCAAGUAAUCUAAAAUGUUCUUUCAUACAAAUAUUUGUCUAUUUUAAAAUGGCAAAAAUGUUUGGCAUACGUUUUUUUCGCUUCUAACAUCAUCAAUUCAGUGUUCCGCAAUAGUGGGACCAUAACGAUUAGGGUAAAAUAAAAGCGAAAUCGUCCAUUGUUUUUGCACCAAGCUGAUGAUAAAAAUAUUGUAUUUCUUGUUAGAAAUACUCGACAUGCAAUUUCGGUGAGAAUGCUCCCGUACUGCUCUUGAUCGCGAGAUAUGGUGAAGAAUGCCGGCUUGAAUGAAAGUCGGAUUUCACAUUUUGCUUUACGGAAAUUCUCGUUACGAUGACUCGAUAUCUCACUCGUUGUUAUUCAUUUACGCGCAUGCUGCACGGACUCACUUUUGAUUUCGCACCUUGCCGAGAUUGAGCUUUCAAGCGCAUAUCGCCAAAAUUAGACACGACGCACAAAGGAAUCGCGACUGAUUGCGAAAAUGUCGCGCUUACGGGGCGAGGUCGAGGAAAAUCGACACGAUACGUGAGAGAUGCGCGAGAUUAUGCGCGUGUUCCUUUUCUGUUAGGAUUAUUGUGUGCCUUUUGCGCUGGUUUCGGAUCAGCGAGUCGCUUUUCCGAGUGCAUUUGAAAACGAUUAAAAGACGGAGUCGUCAGUAAUAUUCUUUCGAUAGGAGACGAUUCGUUGAUACUUAUUCCGGUAUGUUGAACCGCGCCUUCGUUGUUGUUUCAUGUUUUUUGGCGUGAUUACCGGAUAAAAGAUGCGUCGUCGAGUGAUAUGGUUAGGGCCAGCGAAGUGGCCGAGAACGCGAGAUCUGUCAAUGUGAUCCGCAACGACAGUCUUCCUCGGCGAGUUCCAACGCGUGACAAACCGUAUUAGAUCGCUAUAAUGAUUGAAGAUUGGGAAAUUUUGGUUGUGAAGAAGUUAUCGUGCUGUGGUUAUAUCCCGCACCGUCGAGUAUACAGCGUCUUACACACGCGUCUCGGUGCACGGUGUGUGAAUACAGUUGAUACGCGUUAUUAUUAAUGUAAAAAUACGUAUAUUUAUACGGUACGUGUAAAGUAAAAGUAUAUCAAUAUCCCUAGACGCGUACCUAACUCUGGACAUUCUUAUUGUUUUGGUCUCUAAAUACGAAUGUUGAAACUUUAGUUGGGUAUGCGUCCAGGCGUUAACACUUUUACUUUAUACUUUUCAAACGAGAAAGGUCAACUCUCUCUCACAUAAACAUCUCUUCUCUCCCCUCCAGCUUUGUUCGCAUUACCUGCUCAAGACAUAUCUGGUGUUACGUAGGACAUUAUAAUCAAAGUCUGUAAUGUUAAGAUGUAAUAAACCAAAAAAAAAAAAAUAAGAAAAAACGCGAUGUUACGAAGAAACAUAAAAUAGACUCGAUCGACGCGACGGAAAGCCGCGCGCGACGCAUAACGUGAACUAGCGCAUAGAAAACGUGUGCAUUGUUCGUUAUAUGUUAUAUUUUUCAUUCUAAUGUCCUAAUUCACGUACAAUGUAUCAGACGCGAUACGGCGUGACUGACUCUGUCGUUGACUCGACGCCGAGAACAAAGGAUAACAAAUUCCCGAUUGUUUGCAUGCUCGGCGCUUUUCGCUCUCUCGAUCAAUCUCUUGCUCGUUUGUGAGUGUGACAUAAAAUUCAAUCGAGAUCUUCGAAAAAGAUAUGCAAUAUUAUUGCGUUUAACUGUUGUAGAGAUAUCACGCCGUAUCGAAAUUAGUUAAUAUGUACAAACAAUAAAUAUAUAUGUAUAUAAUAUAACGUAUCUCUUAUAUAAUUGCAUAUCGUAUCGCGUCCCAAGCCAUUCGUUCUUUGUAUAAUUAUACU